AGGGAAUCGAUUAUCACCCAAUCUGUCUGUCUUUCGAUUAAACUUACCAAAUCAUUUUCCUUAGUUGUGAAGUUCCGUGAAACUUCGUGAGAGUUUACAUUCAAUUUCAAACUCGACUUCAACUCCCAGACUUCCAGAGGAACAAGACAAUGCCAGACCAAUCUGUACAGUCGCCAAGAUCUGAAGAUGGUUGUCAAAUCAUGGUGACUACACCUGAUUCAUCUCCCGCGUACUCAAUGUCGUCUACGCCAUGGCCUGACCCUGAGCCUGGCCAAGCGCUCUGGAAGAGUCAGUCAUGGGCAGGAUGGACUCGAGAUCUCGAACAUGAGCUCAAAACAAUUCAAGCGGAAUACGACGACUACAUUGAUCGCGUCGAGGACCGCCUCCGAUCUGAAAAGAAAAGGAAUAAAGCAUUGAUCAGGGAGGUUCAACGUCUCAACGAGGAGUUAGAUGCCGCGAAAAAGGUCAAUGGCAUCGAAAAGCUGCAGCGCCAGAACGCGCUGGCGCUGAUUGAUGCCGCUAGACAGGAACUUUUAACUUCCGCCAGCGAGUACGAUUCCAAGUCGUCUUUCAUGAGGAUACUUACCAAGUUGGGUUUGUCUCGUAGUAAGUGAUUCCGUCAGGAUAAGGCGUUUGUUACGGAGGAAUGGAUACGGCCCAGGUGGCUGGUGCAAUUUGGGAUGUUACUUGCAACUUGAUAAUUUGAUAUUAUUGAACUGAGAAUAUGAGAUAGUGCUCGCGAUGAUUUUGUGAGCUUGUGAGAGAACGCUA